UUGGCUGUGGUUUUUUUCACCUCUGAAGUUAACACAACCUCCCGCACUGCUAUUACUUUUCUAUACAAAGUGUCCUCAAGAGAUUUUUGCACCGAGGUACAAAGACUUAUAGAUCUAUCGCACUACGAUGAAGUUGCACUCAGUGGACUCAGAUUUUUUUACGUUACUCGAGAAUUUGCACUUUCUGUAGUCGGCACAAUCAUCACAUACGAAUUAGUACUACUCCAGUUUCAUAGUGAUUUUAUUCAAUCAUUGUAA